GUAGGGGUUUUCGUUCGGCUUUUUUAGUUCCAUAAAAGUCCGCUACGAGCCACCACUAUCUUUGAUCGAGGUGUGACGUAGUAGUAUGACUACAUGAUAGAUCAGCCGCGAUAUUAUUAUAUUAUUUUCAAGUAAUGCAAUUCAAAAUAUCCUAAGAUGAAAGUUCAUUUUAAAAUAAUGUAAUUUAAAGACGAAUGAAAGUCUUAACUUUCAAGUACUAGAAUUUAAUGGCAACACGAAUAUUUUUAUAUGUAAACUUUUUUACUUUAUAUAGUUUUAUAUAAAUGUUUACUUUUACUUUAUUUCUAAAUUAUCUUCUUUAAAUGAUUAAUGAUUAAAAGUAUAAAGAAAUUUAACAAAUUUUUAUAGUAAUGCAAGAGAUCAAUACGAAUCGUGUUUUUAAUAACAGUAAAUUAAGUUUAUCGCAUGAUACUGGAAGCUUCUUUCAUGUGGACUUGAUUUUAAUUCGAUUCGAAGAAUGAGGCGGGUUUCAUGUUAGCUGACAUACUGAACUAACCUCAAAGUUCUUUUUGUAUCUUUAAUUUUGGACAUGAGCGAUAAUUUCGAUUGAAUUCUGAUUAUUCAUAUGAUGCACACUUAUUAUAAUUUCGAAAAAGUUCGAGUUUGAAUAUGAGGACAAAUUAAUCGUUUAUCAUGGCUAUGAGAAAAAGAAGUGGCUCUGGCGCCAAGCGUCAACAUAAAUGCAAGCUGGUACCGAUCUAUGAGAGUUUCUUUAAAGGCGAAGAUUUAACACUAGCUCAUCCAAAUUUCUGGAAUGAAUUGUUCCUCAUUAAACCUAUGGUACCUCAUAUCGAGAGUGAAAUUCUGCAUAUGACAUCGGAACAGUUAAAUGCUAGCAAAGAAAAUUUGAAUGCACUGGUAUGCCAUUGUGUCGACACGUUAGUUGAUGAACAUCCAUUUAGAAUAGUAUAUGCACUGCAAACUUUGGCAGCGGUUAUUCAGUCUAUGUACAAGAAAGCCAACCAAGGAGACUAUGGAUUUAAUUUAAUAGAUAUUCUAGUAGGCUUUGACUCUGCGGAGCAAAGGAUGACAACAUUAAUGCAGCAUUGCAAUAAUUUUUUAACAGGUGAAUAUCCAGACAGUUUGAAAGCUUUAUGCCUGAAAUUAUUGUUGAUAAUAGUUACUGGUAUGGACAAUAUCAGCCAAAAUACCUUAUUAGAAUAUGUGAUGCUAAACAGUGUUUUUGAAUCACUGAUUCAAUUAUUGAGAGAUACAGCUACUAGAAAUCGCCACGGCCAUGAUGCGGUUUUAUUAUUAACGCUUCUAGUCAACUACAGAAAGUACGAGAGUGCAAAUCCUUAUAUUGUUAAAUUAUCAAUUCUGGAUGAUGAAUUAGCUCUCAACGGAUACGGGCAAGCUAUAUCGGGUUCAUUAACCGAGUUUUGCCGGCAAUUCGUUCAACAAAGAGCAGAGAUACAAGCAUCUUGGUUAUCCUCGCUGACUAGUAUAGUCGGGAGCAUGUUUGUCGGCGAAGAAGAAGCAAAAACGCAACAAGUUCGUGCAAAUAAUGCUUUACUCUUAGCUUUAUAUGAAGCUACACAUUUAAAUCGUAACUUCGUAACUACGUUGGCCUAUACGCAAAGCGAUACUAGUGCACCUCCGUCGCCGAAUAAUACUUUAGGUCCAAAUGCAGUAGCUCCUGGUGCUUCUCCACCCGACGUCAUGGCUCAACCGUUUAAUCUCUUAGCGACUUUUCUGCAAUAUUGUUCGAUAGUUAUGCAAGUUAUUAGAACAGAGGCUAUAAUGAAUAACGUGAAAUUGUGUUUCCUGAUAUUAAGCUGCAUCGCGGAAGAUCAAUACGCAAACAGUUUAAUGCACGAUGCAAAUCUGGCAUUUCGAGUACAACUGCAUAGAGUUCCCAUGCAUCAUAGAAAGUUACAAGACAAGGCAGCGCCUGCUCAACCACUUGCAGCCACGUUACUCGAUCUGCUGGUUGAGUUUGUAACAUCGCACAUGAUGAAAAAAUUUCCACUUGAAUUGUAUCAUCAAUGCAUCGGCGUGCUGCAAAGGCUGUUAUGUUACCAAAAGAGGUGUCGCGUUAGGCUUGGUUAUCAAUGGCGAGAUCUUUGGACUGCAUUAAUUAAUCUACUCAAGUUCUUAACGACACACGAGAGCCAUCUUAUUAAGAAAAUGAACAUAUUUCCUUUAGCUAUCCAGGUGGUAAACAUUCUAAACUUUUUUAUCACAUACGCUGAUACUUUUCUGUCAUCGCCUAGUAGCUACGACGAGUUGUUUUACGAAAUUAUUCGUAUGAGACUUAUCUUCACCAAUUUAAACGCUAUGGCACUUAGGUACUCGACCAGUGAAUCGUACGAAUACAAAGAACAUGCGCUUAAGCUAACGAACUCUCUCGUCAAUGUGAGAGACAUAGUAAAUCAUUUUCCACCAAAAAUAGCUGCAUGGCUGGCGAAAGAAAGCUUGUCGACACCAACGGAACAGCAAAUUCUAGCGGUCAUCAUACAGAAUUAUGAUAGUCUCGCUUUAAAAUUGCAGGAUAAUUUGGACCAGUAUGAGAGAUAUUCAGAAAAGCCUAAUCAUACUGCAUUUUUUGAGGAAAUGGUGACUGGAGUGAUAGUGGAUACAAGGGCUUCGAUAGAUCUUAAUAACUUAGAUACGCAAACUAUAUUAGAGGAGCUUUCAAAUAUCUCAUAA